AUGCAACCACAAAGACCAAACCCCUCCUUGCAUGUGCGGCCCAUUGUCUUGGGGUUCGCCAAAAUCCUAUUUCUCUCUCUUGGGCAAAUACCCUACGUUCAAGCCGCGCCGCUCUAUGCUGCAAAGCUACUCUCCACCGCCGACGAACCAGAAGGGAAAGAUCCGGAUGACCCAGGGCUAUGGAUAUACUUGACUGUUGCAGCAGUGCUUGUUCUGUUGGGAGGGGCAUUUGCUGGGCUGACAAUUGCGUUGAUGGGCCAGGAUGAGAUAUAUCUGCAAGUCAUCAAGGACUCUGGUGAAGGGAAAGAGAGGGCACAUGCUGCCAAGGUGCUUAAGUUGCUCCGGAAAGGAAAGCACUGGGUCCUGGUUACAUUGUUGUUGAGCAAUGUUAUCACCAACGAAACUCUCCCCAUCGUGCUCGAUCGGUCGCUGGGCGGCGGAUGGCCUGCCGUCCUGGGAUCGACUGUCUUGAUCGUCAUAUUUGGUGAAAUAGCUCCUCAGUCCGUCUGUGUCCGCUAUGGCCUCCCCAUCGGCUCCUGGAUGGCGCCAUUCGUCCUGAUCCUCAUGUACAUUCUGGCACCUGUGGCAUGGCCAACCGCUAAACUACUUGACUAUCUCCUUGGAGAAGAUCAUGGAACAACCUACAAGAAAGCGGGGCUGAAAACACUAGUCUCCCUUCACAGGAAUCUUGGAGAAGCCGGUCAACAGCUUAAUGCUGACGAAGUCACAAUAAUCAGUGCUGUUCUUGACCUCAAGGACAAGCCUGUUGGCAGCAUCAUGACUCCGAUGGACGAUGUCUUCACCUUAUCCCUUGACGACGUGCUAGACGAAUCUACCAUGGACGACAUUCUGUCACAGGGCUAUUCAAGAAUACCUAUCCACCACCCUGAUAACGAUUCCAACUUCGUAGGCAUGUUGCUGGUCAAAAUGCUCAUCACAUACGAUCCAGAGGACGCAAAGCCUGUCCGGGACUUUGCUUUGGCCACUCUACCAGAGACUCGGCCUGACACUAGCUGUCUGGACAUUGUAAACUUCUUUCAAGAAGGCAAGUCCCACAUGGUUCUUGUAUCAGAGUAUCCUGGAGAAGAUCACGGCGCUCUGGGCGUUGUAACUCUGGAGGAUGUUAUCGAGGAGCUGAUUGGCGAAGAAAUCGUGGAUGAGUCCGAUGUUUUUGUCGAUGUACACAAGGCGAUUCGACGAGCCAUGCCUGCACCAACCAGGCGUAUCCCAAAGACGUAUUUCCUUCCCGACGAACCUUCGACAAUCAAUGGCGCUCCAGCUGACUUGGUCAACAUUGACGAAAGCGAAAUACUCUCGCCCGAGGACUUACAGAGGGCUAAAACCGCAGAUAAUCCAACCCAGAAACCAAAGGGCCCGGCUGGCGCUAGAAGACGCUCGAGUGCAGGAAACAGUGUGGGUGGAGACGGAAAGGCUGGCCGAAGAGCCGCAAGCACAGAUGAACUCAAGGAGCAUCUCAAGCACCUUGGACCCUCCAACCUGGCGAGUAGGCCAAGGUCUACGCGUUACAAUACGGUGAAAAUCAAGCCUGGCAACAGCACUGCGGCCAAGGAGGAUGAAACCCGAGCGACCCCAGUGCGGCAGAUCUCCGAGAACGUUUCUGAAUAUCAAGGUGGCAUUGGGGAAGGCCUGCUCAGCUCGGGCGGUAAAUCCGCCUCUGGUGGCGUCCAAGCCUUGAAGCAGGGAUAUGGCUCUCUUUCUGGUUCGCCCAAUGAAAGAAGGCCGAACAGUGCAGUUAAGGGAUUGCAGACAGACUCAGCACAUGAACAAGAUUCCAAAUACGACGGCACCGGAGCCAAAGAUAUACAACAAUCCCGACCGCCUGCUAGAACACUCGAAAGCCAGAGCACCAUUGGUAGUUUGCCCGAGUCACGAACUCCGUCGAGAAGUCCCUAUUAUCACUCCAAGGGCCCAGCCCGAAGUGGUAGUAUCACAGAAAACAUUGUCGACACUAACGGUUUCCGAAAGGUUGUGCUUGAGAUGACUUCAAGCAGCGAGUCGAACGAGGAAGAAGAGAAUUCGGGGGCUAACAAGGGACAUCACACACACGAUGAACGCAAAAACCUAUCAGGGAUGAAACUACGAGGCGGCAGCCAUGAACACCUCCCCGAACCCCAUGAUGAUGACUCCAAGAAGAAAAAGCGCCGGCGAAGAAAGCACGGCCACGGACACGGAAAAGGGGAACGUGAACCACUGUUGCGCGACUAG